CAGCGUUUGAAAGGAGGCAGAAUAGAGCGCCAGGGAGUCCAGAGGUCCGAGUCGGGGGGCCCCUGAAACUCAGAGAGGAGGUGGAGAGAGGAGGUGCUGAAAGGGACUCGAUACCGCCUCCUCCGAAAAAGCCUGGAAGAAUUGCGCUCCGUCAGUGCGCCCUGCCUGCCAGUCGGAGGAUGGGGAUUUUUUUUUCCAUUCAUCCACGUCCCCUUUUUCCCUCCUCCUUCUCUCAAACAAGCCAGUCGGUCUGUCAAUGUGCUGCGAGCAUUAGGGCAAGUCAAACCAGUGGGAUUUUGAGGCAGAGAGACGGAUGAGAUAACGAAUGAACCGCUUUCUACUGGCCGAGAAGCGACGCGUCCAGCUCUCCAAAUGAUGCGCUACAUCAGAUAUGCGUCAAUUUCCAACAGGGACUGAUGCUCACAACUCGCAUCUUAUUUUUUUUUAUCACUUCGCAAGUUUCACGUUGGCUUUGUGCGACAUUAUUAGAGUGGAGAUGCUUUUCUAGCUCUUCGGUUUGUUUCUGUCUCAGUUUACUUGUGUUGUAGCUUGAAUAGAUUCUUGGAUUUACCAUCGAUUUGGAUUUUUUGAUUUCUUUUCUUUCUUUUCUUUUUUUUUUAAAAAAUUUUCAACGAAUCCGUUGCUAAAGGAUUUGCGGAUUUACAACCCGUGUUCAACCUGUGUGUUUUUCAAAGAGGAGAAUAAGGAUUGUAAUGCGCACUGACUAAGCCCACCGAGCAUCAACAUGUCUUUAUGAGGAUGGAGCUGUGGACACGAGUGACAUCUUUUCCAUUUUAAACGCUUUACCUUCACAGUUUUGGCCUGAGCUCGACUGUUUCCUUCUAACAGACUGACAAUAAUUCUUUUUUCAGUCCAGUCUGAUAUGUUGGAAGGUAGAUCUUCUUGCGACAAAACAAGGUAGCCUAAUGGGAGAGAAAUCACAUAGAGUCGGCACAGAGAACAAGGGAACAUUGUUCGGAAAAAAGACAAUUAGGGCGCACCGAAAGGCAACAGAAAUAGCUCUUGGGUGGCGAUAAAUUUGAGAAAAUUCGAUUCGGUGGAGUUAUAUUUGAGCUGAGGAGCAGUGCUUUGGAGAAAAAAAGGAGGACUGAUGACAAAUUAAUGGGAAAGUCAUGGGAUUGGCACUGAAAUAGUACGGCCGUGGACGCGCAGAAAAACCGUCGAUUUUGGAGACCCAGACGCACGGAUUGAACAAGUUUCUCCUGCACAUUUCCGAGUGUGUUUUUUGGUUUGAUCCAGUGCAAUUUGAUGAAUUUUGGAUCCAUGAGGUUAUAUACAACAGGCUUUCGCUUCACACUUUGACUGUCUCUACCUAUAGCCUGCUCGGCUGUAGUCGCUCAUCCUUUGUUUUUAGAGUCUCCUUGCAACAACAUUGAAAACACAGAAAAUAUUUCCCAUUUCUUCUAAAUGGGGCUACAUAUGCUGGGUGUCAGGGUUGAGAUGGCGUGUCGUGGAAGUGGGAAUGGAUUGGGGAUCCUGCUGGUAUUCUUACUGGAUUUACUGGGGACGACGGCCAGCAAUAUGGAGCCCAUCUACUGGAAUUCCCUGAACGAAAGGUUCAGGGAUGAUAAGGGCUACGUUCUGUACCCUCAGAUCGGGGACCGGCUGGACCUGAUCUGCCCUCCGCUGGACACCGUCAGGUCCACGCCAGAGUACGAGUUCUACAAGCUCUACCUUGUGUCGUCAAGGGAGCAGGCGGACCGCUGCGAGGUAACAGGCCCUCCGAACAUCGUGCUGACCUGCGAUGAGCCCACCCGCGAACGUCGCUUCACCAUCAAGUUCCAGGAGUUCUCGCCAAACCUCUGGGGCCACGAGUUCAAGAGCCUGCACGACUACUACAUUAUCGCUACGUCAGAUGGGACGCGCCAAGGCCUGGAUAGCAUGAGAGGCGGAGUGUGUGCCACGCAAGGCAUGAAGGUGGUCCUGAAAGUGGGGCAGAGCCCAUAUGGGCUGCCUCCAAAGAAGGAGUCAGCAGGACGCUCCACCACCGGAAACUCAGGCGGUUCAAGGAACUCCACCCAGUCUCGAGGACCCAACACGUUCGGGGGAAACGAGGGCGGCGGUGAGAACGGGCCUCUCCAACCCUCCAACAUCGCCCUCAUCGCCGGCGCCGCAGGAGGCUCCGCCUUCCUCCUGCUAGUCACCGCUGUAAUCUGCGUGGUGUGCUACAGGCGGCGGCACGCCAAGCACUCAGACACCCACCACCCUCCGCUGUCGCUGUCCUCACUCACCAGCCCCAAGCGGGGAGGCGGCGGGGGCAUCACGAGCUCCAACAACAACGGAUCUGAGCCAAGCGACAUCAUCAUCCCGCUGAGGACGUCGGACUCGGCCUACUGCCCACACUACGAGAAGGUGAGCGGGGACUACGGACACCCCGUCUACAUCGUCCAGGAGAUGCCGCCUCAGAGCCCGGCCAACAUCUACUACAAAGUAUGAGACGGCCGCUGCUCUGGCCGACUGGACACACCCACCUCCCUCUACCCAUUACCAACCAAACCCCCGCUCCAAAUGAAGCCACAGCAAAGCUCGCCAUCACAGCUCCGACCCUGAACCCCUCAAUACUACCAGUAUUGUCCCUCGGACACCCUCCCACCGCCCCGUGAGCCCACACCCCCGGCCACAGUUGUGUUUCUAGCUGAAUAAACCACCCCACCCCAUUCUCACACAACUGGGCCACUAAGUGCGUGUAAAGGGCGAUGUCGCAACCAUACACAGCCCUUCUCAACAAGGCCCUCACGAAUGGGCAAGAUCCUCUGAGUGCCCCCUUCUUGUUAACUCAGAGCGAAAAAAGCCCCACCCGUGCUGAAUAGAAGAGUCGUCCCCAAAACGCCAGUGUGUGUGUGUGCGGCAACACACUCUUUUUCUAGGAGUAUGGAUGUGGCGUUGGGACUUGUGAUGUUUUAAAAAAGAAAAAAUUAAGAAAGAAAAGGACUACAGCUUAAAAAAAAAACAAAAAAACAAAAAAAAACUACACCCCUGAACCCACUUAGCGCCGAUGAACUCUGAUUCUCAGAGGCCAUACCUGCCUAACCCACCGCCCCACCCCUCAGAGCUCCUUCAGCCAACCAGAGACUGGCCCCUGCCACUAACUCACCAAUAGGAUUCUAGUUUGUUUGUGUUUGUUUCUCCUGAGAAAACAGGGGCCUCGGACUCACCCAAUCAACUAGCCGGGGGUGGCGGUCACAUGACCGGGCCCAGGCCUGAGGAGGUCCGAUCAAUCGAGUCACGGUGACACUCAGAAUCUUGUAUAUUUUAAUAAUGUGCGUGUGUGACUGUGAGAGUGUGCAUACGACUUGGAUAAUAAUUAUGGCGCUGCUGCUCCACAUUAGACAUGUGUGUGCAGUUAGUGUGCUUCAGUACAGCAAGUUUGCAUAUGAGUUUGCAUAUGCGUGCGUGGGGUUUAGUUUAUGUGUGUGUGUACGCUUUGUGUGUGAGUGAUUGUGCGUACGCGUGCGUUCUUUAGACUUGUCUUAAAUACCAAAACACAAAAUAGUGAGCGAAUAUCAAAAAAGUGAGAUUUUUUAUCGCUAUCAACACUUAUAGAUUAUAUAUAUGAAUAUCCAGUAAAUAAUUUCUAGAUGUUUUUUUCUGUUUUCUAUUGUUUCAUUAUUUUUACCCACUCUGUUAAACUACACUUCUGUUGCUAGACAUUUUUUAUCUGCUGUUUUUGUUUUUCACGACUUAGAGCGACCUUAUUUCCUUCCUUUUCCCUUUGCGUUGUAUAUUAAUUUAAUCCCUGUUUUAAUUUUCCCGGCGAAUAGAGGUUGUUUCUCUCUUCCUCUCUUCCCUCUCUCAUUCACUCCCUCCUACCCUCCCUCCCCCCCUCCCUCCUCCCUCCCCUCUAGGGUCUCUGAACUCUGUGUAUAUUUUUAUAGCUCCUUGUACUAUGCUGUAGUUUUGAAGUUUAGACCUCGUUUGUGGAAGUGUUGAGGUAGAACCAUCUAUGAAAGUUUUUUUUUUUUUUUCAAACGCUUUUUUUGAAACGCAGAAGUGAAAAGAAGUGAGGGACAGGAGGGGGAGGCGGUGAUGGUGAGGGGAGGGGGGGAUGAAAUGACAAAGAAGAAUAAAGGAAAAAGAACAGGGCAGGAGAGAGAGUACUGUCUGGGGAGGAGGAAUAAAGCGGCGUCUGAAUGCAGAACUUUACAAAAAAAAAAAAAGAGAGAGAAAGAGAGGAAGGGAGGGAGGGAGGAUGAGGAAAGAAAAGACUGUGAAGGAAUUGCACACUAAAGAAAAAGAAGCUGAGGGGAGGGGUGGAUGGGAGCGGCAGGAGUGAGAGAUGAAGGAUCCCAAGGAAGGAAGGAUGGAAAGAGUGGCUGGUGAAAGGAGAGAAACCUUUUCUUUGAACGGAGGGUCUGAGCCGCCUGAACGGAGGCAAUGGACCGACAGCCAAAACGGAUUUCGAAGGAGUUGAACUCUAACCAUGGAAAGGAGAGAUCUCAUCACACACACGUGCACGCACACACAUUUACUGUGACUCGGUCACACUUUACGUUAACGUGAGGUGGCACAUUUCAGAUUUGCUCCUGUUUUCCGCCAAAAUUUGUGUUAAAGUGCAUCUCUGUGUAUCACAAACACACACACACACACAAACACACACGCACGCUCUCUCAUUUACUAUAAAAGGCACACACAGUGCACUGCUAGCUGCGGACACACAAAAAGUGAAAUCCCCCAGGCAGUCGGUACACUCUGUUUCUCUAUGUUUGACACACAGACACACACAUCCCCUCCCACACAUCCCAACACGAAUUUCACACCUUUUAAUGACUGCCACAAAUGCCUACUGAUUGCAUUGAAUGACAUACAUUCUCUCUGGUGCCCGCUUGCUCUCUCAAACAUACACACACACACACACACACACACACACACACACAAACUUUCACCCACACCCGACAAAAAUGCUGAUUGCUUUCAUAUGACUCUGUAUUUCUGUGAUUAAGACUAACCCGAUGGACAUGGGAGGGAUGAAAAGAGCGUUUGUGCGCGGUGUGUUUUUCUCCUCUCUCUCACACACCCUCACGCCCUCACACAGACGCCCACACACACACAUACACUAGUGCCCAGCACCUCGACCAUGGAGGGCAAUAACAUAACGCUGUGUUCAGAGGUGCAAUAAGUUCACAUGUGCAUACUAAUAAAGCUGUUUUGUGUUGCUCAAACAUGUUUAUGGCUUAUGUGUAAACUGGGUGGCAGUGGAGAGCUUAAGCUUUUAUUUUUCACACACACACACAAACACAAACACACACACACACACAUACACACACUCACACUCAUAAGGCCUCCAGUGAUGUAGCCAUGAUGUUUUCUGUGUGAAGCCAGUGUUAAAUCUGGACCUUACAGCAUUUCUCAACUGUGUUUUGUAUCAGUAUCUAACAUCAUAUAAUAGAUAUGUUUCAUAAUUAAGUGUCACAUUCGUCCGUAAUGACUUUGUUCAACACAUGAUGAUGUUCAGAUAUGUUUUUAUAUCAUGGUUGAGUUUGGAUUGUAUUUGACUGUAUCAAAAUUGAUUUCAAAGAUGAAAUGAGGGGGAAAACACCUCAGAUACUUCUUUUUUGUACAACUACCGACUUGUGUUUUUUAUGUAUGCUAUGUCUAUUUAAACAUACUCAGAGUACCUAAAAUAUCCUCCAAGCCAAAUGAAGUGUCUGUUACUCUCUCUUCAACAACUUCUGCAACUCUUUGGAGCGCUCCAAUCCAAAAUGACAGUAUUUUGUUCAAAAAUGGCUGCUGCCGCGAGGGGGAAAACAAAACUUCUCGGACUUUACGGCAUCGACUCCGACGAAGAAGCCACUGCCCUGUUUUCAGUCCACUUGGCCCCCUGUCCCCUCUCCUUUUCAGCAGAAUGUCAAGUAUCUCUUGGACUCAAAAGUUUUUCUUUUAAUGUUUGAUUUUCAUGUCGAUGUUCUUUCAAAGUUGUGUCUCUGACUCUCCGUGUUUGUGUUUGACCGGUCGACUCAACGUGUUGGCUUUUCUAAAAACCACGGACACAGCCACUGGUUGUCAUUUUGAAAAGAGAAAGAAGAAAGUGUUGUUUCUAUGGAACGGGAGAGAGAGAGAGAGAGAGAGAGAGAGAGA